UAGGGAAUUUCCCUCUGGUUAUUCAAAAGGUACGCUUCAAAUGCACUGGAGCGUGACGAUUGACAUUUACCCCCGAGGCCUACCUGAGCGGUGAUUGCCCGGAUUUUAAUGUCUCGUCGUGUUUACAUGCCCCUCUCCGAUAUGUAAAAUUUAGAGGAUAGCUAAAUUGCCUCCACCUAUUCAUUGUCACAAUAUGUGUGUGUGUGUGGUUGACCGUUGAUGCUUCUCUGGUGUUUAGCAGAAGCGGGAAGACGACUGAGAAUCUGGUCGAGAUGACGGAAACACUUGGCUGGGGAGACUACCUGACAAUCGGCAUAUACUUCGCAGUUGUGAUAGUCGUAGGGAUCCUGUCAACAUGCCGCCCAAACAGAGGAAGUUCACAGGGCUAUUUCCUAGCCGGAAAAGACAUGCACUGGAUACCAAUUGGAGCAUCCAUAUAUGCCAGUAACAUUGGCGCCCCGAUGUUUAUAGGUCUAGCAGGUUCAGCAGCAGCCUCCGGACUAGCCGUCACCAUUUACGAAUGGCAUGCUGCCUUCUUCCUCAUCGCUCUGGGCUGGAUAUUUGUGCCCGUGUACGUGUCCUGUGGGGUAGGUAUUAUUGGCUUUUAUUAAUAAAACUGUAUAAAUGAAGAACACAACACGACAAUAGUAUACACCGAAUAAACUGUAGU